GUGGGAGGUGGUGGGAGGUGAGGCUGCAGAGAUGGAUGAAAAGGGCUUCACCCGUCUCCAUCAUGGGCUUUCUCAGGGGGCUGUGGAGCACCGGAGGUUUAAGUCAGAGAGGCCCGUGACCCCGAGCCCUUCAGUGCCCCUCUCUGCCGGAAGGAUGGUCUCUGGUCCUCUGCCUCCAGCCGCACUGGCAGAUGUCCUGGGGAAGGAGUCGAAGUACCCUGGCCCCAAGCCUGCGGAGCCGGGCGUGGGGUGGCUCCACGGGGCAUGAGUCUCCCAGGAGUUCAGCGGGCACAGCCCCGGGAACUCCCGCCCUCCCGGAACUCCCUGUGGCAUGCCCCCGCCUUCCGGGCUGUCCUUCCCGCCGCAGGAGUGCCUGAGUAAUUGAGGAGUGAGGUUCGAGCUGUUCUGUCAUUUUACAAACCAACCCUGAAACCCCGCGAGGGCAGUUUUCUUAGCUGGAAAGCAAAGCGUGCUGGCCUCCAGGUCGGCCUUGUUCCUGGUGACAGCAUGGGCCCGAGGUCAGCAGGAUCUGGCCUGUGUGGGUCCGUGUGGGGCUGAGGUGGCUUCUUUGCAUUGAGUGCCUACCGGGCCCCAGGCUCAUUGCUAAGCCUUUGUAUGCCUCUUGGUGCCAUUGUUAUCCUCACUUUACAAACAAGGAAACAGAGGAACAGAGAGGUUAAUAAACUUGCCCAAGGUCACACAGCUAGUAGGUGGAGAAGCCAGGUUCAGUCCCAGAUUGGCCAUGCUUCAAAGUCUCCACCUUUUCUGUACAGCAUAAUAUGAAUGCUGGGCUGAAUACUCAUUUGCACUUAUUUUGAACAUCUAAUAGAAUCGUGAAAUCUCUUAAUUUGUUAUUAGAAUGUAUGUAACUUAAGUCCUUUAAUUUUUAAAAAACUGUGACUACGCCCUUAACGAAAUGGAAAUUUUGAAAAUGUACCUAUGAUUCCAGUGCUCUGAAAGAACUCUUUACUUUUUUCCACAUUCCUUUCAAUCUUCAUCUUUUUUGACACAGUUUUUGCAUAAUUUGCACAGCAGGGUUGGCAAACUGCAGCCCACCAGCCAAAUGUUUGUGUAAACAAAGUCCCUGGAACGCAGCCACGCGCGUCAUUUACACGUUGUCUGUGACUGUUUUCACACUCUGGCUGCAGAUCUGAGUAGUUGUGACAGAGACCAUAUGGCUUGCGAAACUCCAAUUCCUUACUCUCCGAUCCUUUCCAGGAGAAGUCCGCCGGCCCCUGGUCCAGAGCACAGAGCUGUGCCGCCUGCUCCUUCUCUUUGGCCGCAGCAUCCUUCUGUGGUGUCAACCGUCACACUUCUCAUUGUCAACGGCCCAGAAUAUUCCACGGAAUGGAUAUCACAAACUUUUCUUAACCCUUUCCUUUUUUGCUGGACUGUUACAUUGCAUUUUUCCUUCCUCCAUACAACUGUCGCAAUGCAAAUUUAUGAUGUCUUUAAAACACUUAUCUAAGGCCUACUGCUUACCGGCGCUGUUCUGAGGACUUUACCAAUAUAACUCACUUAAUCCUCAGAUCAGCGACGAGGUCACAUUAUUAUUACCCCCAUUUUACAGAUGGGAAAGUGAAGUCAGAGGAGUUAAGUCCCCUCGGCUGAGGCCGUAUAGUGUUUCUGCAGCGAAGUUCGGUCUGAAUCUCCGAGGGAGGCUGGCUCCGGAGUCUCGGCAGCUGUUAGGAGGCGUCCCAGAAGAGGCAGGGUUUGUGCCUGUGUGUGAGGGCGGGGGGUCCAGGGCAGUGACUCAGCAGGAGGGAGCCCCACCCUGCCCGGCCCCACCUAGCCACCCAUGUCACCCUGGUUUGGUUUUUCUCUGGUCUUCCUUGUUACAAGCCAGGCAUCUAGGGCCACAUGACCACAGACUUUGUUUCUUUAUGGAAGAUGGCCCUGAAAAGAAGGCCACCGCUGAUGCUGAAGAGAGCAAUGAUGUGUCCUGGUCAGAAAAAUGCCGUUUGGGUGUAAUAAUACCAGAGGAGAUCGGGGCUUCGCUUUGUGGCCAGAGGGGUCAGGGCUUGCUCAACUGUUAAAUAAAUGAUCAAUUAGCAAAUGUUCUAGUUGCACUGAGAAAAACAACAAUAAAACAUGCAACAUAACUGUCCAGCAAAAUGGAAAUGAUUAAGGAAGUUUGUGACAUCCGCCCCAUGGAUGGAUAUUCUGAGUCAUUCUCGAUGACACAUGUUAAUGAUUACCACCAGCGCCUGCAUGCGGCAAGCUUGUUUUCAGUCCUCCCGGAGUCAGGGGGCCUUCGGGAAGCUGAUGGGACCUGCACAGCUCAGCGGGAGAACAAGCACUGCCUAAGAUUUCAGGGGGCUCAUGGGGCCCUCUCAGCCCAUCCAGGGGCCCCCGCACUGUGUCGGAGGAGGCUCUGGUCCACAGCCAUUUUGAAAAGUGGAUUUAGUGAGCGCUUCCCACAGGGCAUCUGUGAGCUGGUGGAUUCUGGAAGGUCUCAGGUCGAGAAAUGCUGUGUCUCAGAGACUCGGGGCUGGGAGGCAGCCCGUGAGUGUUGAGAGGACUCUGACCGCUGUGCCCAUCUUCCAGAGGGGAAGAGGGAGACUGAGCCGUCAGGCCACCCAGGAGUGCGCCACCUGGUCAGUUUGUUCCUCUCCAUGAUCUUCGGCAGCAACCACAGCGUCUGCUGCAGGGUGGGUGUUGAGACAAGAUUCAUCAUUAAAGGAUGGUCAAGCGUCCCCCAAGCUUGGACCAGAGGGAAGUCAGGCCUGGGGCGAUUCUGCGUUAGAGGAUGAGACGAGCCCAGCCCAGCUCUGCCUGCUCACUCGGGGUCCUUUGAGGACACGCCCUUCAUCUUUACCGGCCUCACUGGGUGGACUGAGAAGGCCCAAGGGGGAGUAGGAGGAGGGAGUGGGUUUGUCUUAGCUGUCAGUUCCCGGGAUCCCCAGCCUAAGGCCCCCGCAGCUGGGAUUGGUAUCCCUGUCUGGCCUGAUUCAUUUCGAGCCGUGUCCCCGAGAGGCCUCCUGGGGAGGCAUCGCCAGGCCCAUCAGCAGUAACCCCAAGCCCUGCAGGCCCCUUGGGCUCGUCCCCACCUCCAGCUCACUUUCUACGGAGGGGCUGGCUUGGGCUGGGCACCUUGUCAGUCUAGGCCGCUGGGGUUCACGCCCCUCCCCGCCUGCCUCUGCAGGUGUGUGAUGGGAAAUCCUGUUCUGACUCAAAAAGGAACCCACCCCCCCUUCUUUUGCCUUCCUGACUCACUUCCUCCUUCUGCUGACCAUUUUGCAGCAUGGCACAGGCGCUGCAGCCAGACGGGCCUGGGCCUGCUCCCGGCUCUGCGCCCCAGUAGCUGUCUGACCUGGCCAGGCAAGAUGGCCCCUCUGAGCCUCAGUUUCCCCAUCUGCAAGGUGGCGCCGUCAGCCCUGCCUCGGUGCUUGGUGGGUAAUGGGUGUACAGCAUCUGCCCUGCGCCUGUGCACAGCAGGUGGCCUCACAUGUAGGAACUUUUGGUGACAUUUUCCCCAACCCACAGGAACCUUCUUUGGCAUCCAAAGAUCAAGACCCAUGGUGACCUUGACACCCAUCCAGGGCAAUCACAGGGUCACAGAUGAGCCCAGGACGGGGACAGAGUAGCAGCAGGCAGGACCCAUGUCACCCACCGGAUAACUCUGGCUAUGGUAUGCGGCCGGUGCUUUGCCGGGAGAGGACCGUGAGGACGAGCUUUGAGCGCAGACACCGCGGGGAGGCUGGAGGCUGCUCUGGACAGCACAUCAGAUGCCUGCGCGUCACUCAGUUGUUGAGAAAGAAUCCUGUGACUUGAACACUUGGCUUUUUUUUUGAAGAGCAGGUUUCCAAACGAAGGAUGCCUUAGGGUUAAAUGGAGAUUUGCAAGGUGUUUCCUAGCUUGCGACCUAAGGUGACGUGUUGCAAGGAGCCUGCUUGGUGCAGGGUUGUUUCCAGAUGGUUGGUCAGAUGCUGCCCCGGCUGCUUGUGCGUCUGUCACUGACCAGAGCAUGUCUUUCCCUUGCUCACAGACCCUCACUGGCUCCCUAUUGCCCACAGACUAAAGCCGGUGGCCCCUUUGAAUCCGGUGCUGUGCAGGUCCCCCAGCCUGCCUCUCUCCAACCCUGCUUCCUUCCGUCUCCCGUUAGUUCCCAAGCCCACCCUGCCACCGGAACUUGGCCUCCCGUUUUCCCACCUCCCAGCUUUUGCUCAUGUGGGUCCAUCCACUUGGCAUGCCCUUUCUCACUUCUCAUCUUAUCCAGACCCUGCUCCUCCUCCACAUCUCAGCCAGGGUGUCCCCUCCUCCGUGAGCCCCCCCUGGGGUCCCCUCAUCAGCAUCCUCACUCCCCUCUCCAGGCUCCAGAGCUGCUUGCGUUCCUCUCCAUCGAGCGGCCAUAACAGCCUCACUGAGCGCUCAUGGUGACGCAGACUGGGAGCUGUGAGGCCCUCAGGCCCCCGCCUGGCCCUACUUUGGGCACAUCUGCGUGAUGAAGUCAAAUGGUCUGAGAUUUGACCCCUUGUCUCCCAACUGCCUGCUCUGGGACCUUGGGCAGCCAUGACACUGGUCUGAGUGUCCUCAUCUGUAGAAUGGAAGUGAAUAUUAAGACCUGCCUCUCACGUAGAGAAGAUAUUUUUAUUGUUAACUCAGCCAACGCUGUUGCACUGAAUCGAGUAGCUUCUCACGGGAGAGGGUCUGUUCCUCACAGGAAUUUCAGAUGCCAGACGAUGCCUCCUUGAGUUGAGACCCUGCUGCCCAAGGCCGUGUGAACGCUUCUGAGGGCCUCCCUCAGCCUAGCUUCCUCUGAGGCUGCCCAGGGUCGGCCUGCUUCCCACAGUGAUGCCAUCCCUGAGGCCAUGCCUCCUGCUCCCAGGCCGGCGCUGCCCCCAUCCCAUCGCGCUACUUGCAGCCCCUCUUUUGGGAGACAGAGUUUGCUUUCUGUUGGUUUCAUUGUUUGAUUUGAAAAUUUCAUGCCGUUUGUUCAUAUAAUGCCAGUGAGACCCAUUUGGACGCUGUGAGGGUGUGGGGCUCUCAGAAGCAGCCUGGUUGAAGGGGCUGGGUCAGCCACAGCUCUGGAGUCCAAGAGACCCGGGUUCAAACCCCAGCUCUGCCUACUGGGCAAUAACAGUGACCGGUUCUGAGAUUUUAAAGUCAAGUUAUUUCCCCUCUCUGAGCCUCAGUUUCCAUAUCUCUGCAGUGGGGACGGUGAUGACAACCUUCAAAGUUGCCUUAAGGAUCGAGUGAAGUAAUGACGCCCGGAGAGGGAGGAGCACAGGGACCGGCACCUAAUGCCUAAUGCUCAGUGACUGGAAGCCCGCAGGUGCAAUGACGCAGCAGCCACAGGAGGGUUUUGACAGGAGCGUGGAGGACGCGCGGCAGUGGAUGAAGGCUGUGCAGGAGCGGCUGCAGAUCAGCGACAACACCCAGGGACCACGUGCGGCCCUGGAGGCCAGGCUGCGGGAGACCGAGAAAAUAUGCCAGCUGGAGCCCGAGGGGCGCGUGAAGCUGGACCUGGCGCUGCGGGCGGCCGAAGCCCUCCUGGCAUGCUGCCCCGAGGACCAGAAGCCAGAGAUCCUGGCCCGGCUGAGGGACAUCAAGGCCCAGUGGGAGGAGACCGUCACCUACAUGACUCACUGUCACAGCCGCAUCGAGUGGGUGUGGCUGCACUGGAGCGAAUACCUGCUGGCCCGGGAUGACUUCUACCGCUGGUUCCAGAAGAUGGUGGUGGCGCUGGAGCCGCCCGUGGAGCUGCAGCUGGGCCUGAAGGAGAAGCAGUGGCAGCUGAGCCACGCCCAGGUGCUGCUGCACAACGUGGACAACCAGGCCGUGCUCCUGGACCGGCUGCUGGAGGAGGCGGGCUCCCUGUUCAACAGGAUUGGGGACCCCAGCGUGGACGAGGACGCCCAGAAGAGGAUGAAGGCAGAGUACGAUGCAGUGAAGGCCAAAGCCCAGGACAGGGUGGACCUGCUGGAGCAGGUGGCCCGGGAGCAUGAGCAUUUCCAGGCAAGUGUGGAUGAGUUCCAGCUGUGGCUGAAGGCCGUAGUGGAGAAGGUGGCCGGCUGCCUGGGGCAGAACUGCAAGCUGACCACCCAGCACCGCCUCUCUGCGUUGCAGGACAUUGCCAAAGAUUUUCCCAGGGGCGACGAGUCUUUGAAGAGGCUGGAGGAACAGGCCGUGGGGGUCAUCCAGAAUACCUCUCCUUUGGGUGCAGAGAAGAUCACUGAGGAACUGGAGGAGAUGCGGAAAGUUCUGGAGAAGCUGCGGCUCCUCUGGGAGGAGGAGGAGGGGCGGCUGCAGGGCCUGCUCAAGUCCAAGGGGGCCUGUGAGCAGCAGAGGAGGCAGCUGGAGGCCGAGCUGGGAGAGUUCAGGAAGGGCCUCCAGAGGCUGGCGGAGGAGGGCCUGGAGCCCCAGGCGAAGGCGGGGACUGAGGACGAGCUGGUGGCCCGCUGGAGACUCUACUCGGCGACACGGGCGGCGCUGGCCGCGGAGGAGCCCCGGGUGGACUGGCUGCAGGCGCAGCUGAAGGAGCUCAUCGCCUUCCCGCAGGACCUGCAGCCGCUCUCGGACGGCGUCGUCGCAGCCAUCCAGGAGUACCAGAGCAUGAAGGGAAAGAGCACCAGGCUGCGGAAUGCCACGGGGACGGAGCUGUGGCAGCGUUUCCAGCGGCCUCUGCAGGACCUGCAGCUGUGGAAAGCCCUGGCCCAAAGGCUCCUGGAUGUUACCACCAGCCUGCCAGACCUGCCCUCCAUUCAUACCUUCCUGCCCCAGAUUGAGGCGGCCCUGGCCGAAAGCUCCCGCCUGAAGGAGCCGCUGACCAUGCUGCAGCUGCGGAAGGACCUGCUGAGCAGCGUCUUUGGCCAGGAGAGAGCCACGGCCCUGCUGGAGCAGGUGGCGAGUUCCGUGAGGGACAGAGACCUGCUGCUCAACAGCCUUCUGCAGAGGAAAAGCAAACUGCAGAGCUUGCUCGCUCAGCACAAAGAUUUUGGGGCUGCUUUUGAGCCCCUGCAGAGGAAGCUCUCAGACCUACAAGUCAGAGUCCGAGCCGAGAAUGGGCUCCAGCGGGACCUUCCUGGGAAGCAGGCCCAGCUUUCGAGGUUGCAGGGGCUGCAGGAGGACGGGCUGGACCUGGGGGUGCAGGUGGAGGCCGUGAGGCCUCUCAUCCAGGGGAACUCCAACCACCAGCACAAAAUGGACCAGCUCUCUGCCGACUACCAGGCCCUGCAGAGGUUUCUGGAGGACCUUGUGGACGGGUGCCAGCAGAGCGUGCGGGAGCAUUGCACCUUCAGCCACAAGCUGCUGGAGCUGCGGCAGUGGAUAGCAGUGGUCACUCAGAAGCUGGAGUCACACCUGGGGGACACAGGCCUGUGGGAUGCUCAGGCCCAAGAGGCCGAAGUCGAGAGGCUGCUGGCUGAAUUCCCAGAGAAGGAGGCCCAGCUGCCCCUGAUCAAAGCGCACGGCUGGCUGGUGAUGGAGAAGUCUUCUCUGGAAGGGGCCGCUGUGGUCCAGGAGGAGCUGGAGGAGCUGGAGGAGGCGUGGCGGGCCCUGAGGCUGCUGGAGGAGAGCCUGCUGAGCCUCAUCAGAAACCGGCAGCUACAGAGGACGGAAGUGGAUUUGGGGAAGAAAACGAUUUUCACCAACAACAUCCCGAAGCCUGGGUUUCUCAUCACCCCCACGGAUCCUAUUGCCAGGUAUCGCCGCCAGGCAGGUCUGCUCCAGGAAGAAGGGGGCAGCCAGGAAGAUUUCUCCCAGCUCCUGAGGAACUUUGAGCAGUGGUUGCAGCUGGAAAAUUCCAAGCUGGUUAGAAUCAUCGCCAUGAGAACUGCCACAGCCAAGGACUUGAGGACCAGAGAGACGAAGCUGCAGGAGCUGGAGGCUCGGGUACCAGAAGGUCAGCAUCUCUUUGAGAACCUCCUUCGUCUCGGGCCAGCAAGGGAGACCUCGGAGGAGCUGGAGGACCUGCGCUACCGGUGGAUGCUGUACAAGUCCAAACUCAAGGACUCCAGCCACCUGCUGACACAGAGUUCUCCAGGGGAGACGACGGGAUUCCAGAAGCUGCCUACACGCUUGCCAGCUCAGUGCCACCGGAUCUGUUUGCCUGCACACCCAGACACGUGAAAUGUAAUUGCUUUUCAAGUUGCUUUGGGCCGUGAGUUGACUCCGUUCCUGUGUUGGCCCGGGAAAGAGAUGCAGUCCCACCUGAGACCACCUUCGAGUUGGGGAAGAGAUUUGCAAAUGCUGCUGUUUGUCUGGGUAAAUGAGGGCAGGGCCCAGGUGCCAAUUUGCAGGAGAGUGGAGCAAAUUCCACCCGUGCACUGCAUGUUGUGGCCUCGGGGGUAUCGAUCCAGAUGUUGAGCGACCCAGGAGUGGCAUUUUAUUUACUUGACCAUAUUUCAUAGGUCAUAGGUUUCAAGCCUCAUAAUUUUUCACACUUUCCCGUCUCUGGAUUUGGGGUGUCUCAUUGCAAUCUAGUUCUUCCUGCAAGGAUUUGGGUUGGCUUCCUUUCACAGCCCAGGACACUACCCACCUGAGAUUUCUUUAAAUUAAAAUGCUGUGCUUGCGGA